UAUUCUUAUAUAUCAACUUAUAGUACAAUCAGUUACGCAGCACUUACACGCAAUUACGGUGUAUCAAAAUUAGAUUUUACAAUGGGUUUUUCUGUAGAUUUACGAUUUUUGACAUGUUUAUUUUUUAUUGUAUUUAAAAUGGGUUAUAUCCAUUGGUCAGAAAAAUUUAUAGGUAAUCCCUUCUCCUUAAUUUGCCCGGUACAUGUUCCAUCCACUAUUCAGAAAAUAAUCUCAUUAUACUAAAACAGAGUGCCUCAACAGUUGAUGAUAACAACAUACUUUCUCCGUUUCAUAUUAUAAGACUUUUUAACAUUGCUCACAUUCAUAUAUAUGCUAAUGAAUCUAGAUAUAUAUGUAUGUCUAGAUUCAUUAACAUCUAUAUGAAUGUGAGCAAUAUUAGAAAGCCUUCUAAUCUGAAACGGAGGUAGUAACUAAUAAUUAUGCUAUCAUAACAUAAUUUUUGUCUUUAAAAAAGAGUAUAUCGAAUAAAGACAAAAGGCCCACCGGCCGAUAUAUCUAGUAGAAUCCAAGUUAGGAUCGAAAUCAACCUCAACCUAGUCGUAGUAGCAUCGCCUCGCUAAGCUUUGGUUGCUGGCUGACACCUUGCACGUCGCCGUCCGACGCGCCAUGGCGAGUCAACGCGUCGCACCCGACGACGCAUGGCGACGGUAUAAGUAGCCGAGGCGACCCCGCCAGGAUGAUCCAGCAGCAAGCAAACCCAAAGCCACCAUCAACACAGCACGUACACGUACGUGCAACGUCACUGCAUGAUGUCAUCGUCGUCGCCGGUGGUGGCGUCACCGCCGGAGAUGGAGAAGAAGUACAAGGGUGUGCGGCGGCGGAAGUGGGGGAAGUGGGUGUCGGAGAUCCGGCUGCCCAAUAGCCGCGACCGCAUCUGGCUGGGCUCCUACGACUCGCCGGAGAAGGCGGCGCGGGCGUUCGACGCCGCCUUCGUCACGCUCCGCGGCCACGGCGCCGCCGGCGCCGACCUCAACUUCCCGGACUCGCCGCCGUCGUGCGACGCCCGCAGCAGCGACCCGCGGCAGGUGCAGGCCGCCGCGCUCUCCCACGCCAACCGCGCCCACGUCACGCCGCAGCAGGCGGCCGCGGCGCUCAUGUCGCCGCCCUCGCUGUCGCCGCCGCCGGGGUUCGCCACCGGCAGCGAGGUGGUGGCGCCCGCCGUGCGCGCCGACGGCAGCAUCGACUGGCGCCCGGUCAUGGCGCACCCGCCGCCGCUGUACUCGCCGCCCGGCUGGGGCGGCGGCCAUGCCUACGACUUCUUGCAGCCGCCGCCGCCGUCGCCGCCGUUGCCGUCGUGCGACGACGACAUGGUCGACGUCGUAGAUGAGAGCAGCGCUUCGCUUUGGAGCUUUGACACGCGAGACUCCUACUUCCGAUACUAAUUACAUGCAUCGAUUAAUGCAUUAUGCAUGGGAUCAGCUGGCAUUGAUGGUAGCUUAGCUGCCCCACACACACACAAAUUCAUUAACUAGAAUAGACGGCCAUUAAUUUAGUUUCUACACGUUCGAAACGUUUUUUCAAAGAAUUAACGAUAUUUUGCGAUGGUCGUGUGCAUAUGUCUUGCAUGCUAAAUGGUAUCUUAUUCAAAGCAUUAUGGGUAAAUAGUACUCACCAAUAUGAAAAGUAGUGAGGCAAGUUUUGUCAGUAAGGUUAUAUAUGCAGAAAUGUUCAUUGUAUUUUAA